AUGCAGAGGUGCUGUCAUAGUGAGAAAAAGAGCGUAUUAUGCAGUGACAUGCAGAGCAUUCGCAGCCUCCCACAACAGGAGCUGCUGACAGGACCUCCUUGCAUUGUGCCAGAACUCUGUCAGACAGGCAGCAGACAAGCGUCCAGCAUGAACGACAUCUACAAGGCAGCGGUUGAGCAGCUAACAGAUGAACAGAAAAAUGAGUUCAAGGCUGCCUUUGACAUCUUUGUGCAAGAUGCAGAGGACGGCUGCAUCAGCACCAAGGAGCUGGGGAAGGUGAUGAGGAUGCUGGGGCAGAACCCCACACCGGAGGAGCUGCAGGAGAUGAUAGACGAGGUGGAUGAAGAUGGGAGCGGCACGGUGGAUUUUGAUGAGUUUUUGGUCAUGAUGGUGAGAUGCAUGAAGGACGACAGCAAAGGGAAGACAGAGGAAGAACUGGCAGAGCUGUUUCGGAUGUUCGACAAAAACGCUGAUGGUUACAUAGAUCUGGAUGAGCUGAAAACCAUGCUGGAAUCUACAGGCGAGGCGAUCACCGAGGACGACAUCGAGGAACUGAUGAAAGAUGGUGACAAGAAUAAUGAUGGCAGAAUUGAUUAUGAUGAAUUCUUGGAAUUUAUGAAAGGAGUGGAGUAAUCCUGAUGUGCCAGGGUGUUAUUUUUGUAUGUCUCUGUGACACAGUGGUGAUCAAUGAACAACUGUGAGCUGAUCUACAAGCAACAAAUGAAAACAACUUCAUGACUUUAUGAGAAUUAGUCAAGUUCUACAUUCUUUUUUUCCGUUUUCUAUCAUCAUUGUAAAUACAGUUUUUGACCAACUUUAAUGCCCUUGUGUACUGAGUUCUUGAGUGUAAAUUUGUCCAAAUUGCAUUUACAGAAUGUCCCACUUUGCUGCCACUCGCUUGAACUCUGUGUUUGUUUUUGAAUGAGUCUCAUCUCUUGCCAUUGUCAGUAUAGAAAUCUUCUCCCUGAGAUGGUGGCGCUGUUUACCUGGGCAGAAAAUGUCAACAAAGGAGAACACACAAAUAAGUCAACACAGUUUCAACGACUUCAGGGCCGCAUGCCUGGUAUAAUGUGGAGAUUGUAUGCUUUUCUUUCCAUGUCAUGUCCAUGGAAUGGUCCUUCAUGAAAUUUAUACUCGAAGUGUUUGUUCAUGAAAUAAACACAAGGCAUUUGUCUUUGAAGUUAUUUUCCCUGAAAUCUUUAUUACAAUAUUAACUAUUAAUCACAAUCAGACAUAGCUUAUUCCUAUUAAAAUAACUUACCAUGUUCUGCAGUGAUAUUGUGUUUGGUUGCAGAACAAUUGAUAAGUAUACCAAUAUUUUUUCUCAAUUUGCUCCACUUUUCUGUGUAAACAGAUCCAUCUCUGUCCUGUUGUGCAAGGAGAGAAUAAAAACACAAAGGAGGCCUGUAAUAAGACCGUUUUCUCUAAGAUAAAACACUUGCAAUUGCUCCUGAGCUGCUUGGUGAUGAUUUUGAUUUACUGGUGUAAUUUGCAUUCUGUAGUGACUCUUGUCUACAGUAUGUGGACUAUUCACACGACUGUAUCCAGUUACAAAGUGUAUUGAGGCAGGAGCUAUUUAUGUCUAAUCAUGUUAGUGCCCAUGUUAGGGGAUCACUGACACCAGUUGACAAGCAGAUGCCUGCGCCCAUUUAAAGAAUGUUUUUUGCCUACAAAGAGAUAACUGUUCCAUUGUUAAUGUAGCUGUACCGCUGAUGUAAACGUGCCUCUAAAAUAUUCCGAUUGGAAGGCCAACCAAUUAAAGUCCG